UGUCUUGAAUACCCCGCCAUUUUAUUUGAGAGAAAAAGAGGUCAAUUUCAUAAUGGCGACCUUGGGAGCAGGGGGCACUUUGUCCCUUCUCUUUUCGGAUCGUAGCCCUAAACUUAACCCUAAAUCGAUCUCCUGUAAGUGUACUCUCUCCAUGAAAGGUUCUCAGAAUUUUCCAAUGGACGUUGUAUGGGAAAGCCCUGAGAAUCCUCCUAAGCCUGAAGAUUACAUUUUUCGCGAUGGGAUGCGACUUGUUAAGCCCUACUAUUUUGAGUUCAUUUCACAUGUUAAGUCUCGAUGGGUUGGGAAGACCAUUGUGGAUCUAUUCACGCACGAGUUUAGGCAGCGCCCCCAAGAAUAUUAUCUUGCUGCCGUAAACGCUGGAAGGAUCCAAGUAGAUGAUCAAAUGGUGCAUGUAUCAUAUGUUGUGCAAUCGUCCCAAAAGAUUAGCCACUUUGUACACAGGCAUGAACCACCGGUGAUGGCUUGGGGAGUUUCUAUUCUAGAAAAGGGAACUGAUGUUGUAACAGUUUGUAAGCCGGCAUCUGUCCCGGUGCAUCCAUGUGGGCAAUAUCGCAAAAAUACAGUUGUUGGAAUUUUGGAGGCUGAACGUGACAUAGCGCCUUUGUUUCCAGUGCACAGAUUAGAUCGCUUGGUCUCAGGACUCUUAAUUUUGGCCAGGUCUGCGGCUGCAGCAGACCGCUUUAGGAAGCAGAUAGAGGCUGGGAAGGUGAAGAAAGAGUAUAUUGCUAAGGUUCUAGGUGUUUUCCCCGAGGAGGAGCAAGUUGUUGAUGCCAACGUAGAUUAUGAUGCACGAGAAGGGAAGAGUUCAGUAGAGCUGUGGGAUGGUGAUCAUUGUAAUAGAACACGGAAGGGUAAGGUCGCAUCAACAAGAUUUACACGGAUUAGCACCAAUGGCAUUCAAAGUAUUGUCAAAUGUGAACCCCUUACGGGGCGGACACAUCAGAUUCGUGUCCACCUGCAAUACUUGGGUUAUCCAAUAGGCAACGAUGCUCUCUAUCUUUCUGAAACUGUUUCUCUUCGAUCUGCUAAGAGAACAUGUGCAGAUAGAGCCACCACCACAACUGUAACCGAGGAUUGUGAAGCAUCCGGUUCAGUUGAGGAUCAUCAAAUCUCAGAGAAACUUACUGAGUCAGGGGAAAUGCAUCCAAAAGAAGACUUCAGGAUUGAUCCAAUGUGCACAAACUGUCCUAAUUUGGCUCCUCAUGGUUAUGAUGGACAUGAAGAGGGGCUUUGGCUUCACUGUGUUCGGUACUCUGGACCCAAUUGGACUUAUGAAUGCCCAUAUCCCACUUGGGCUUUUAUAGAGUAAUUUAGCAUUCCGUUUUUGUGUGACUUAAAUCCCCAAUUCUCAGUUAUGAAUUUAAUUAUUUCCAGAUAUCUAUAGAUUCAAAUACGAAAAGGGAAUAUGGAUUAUUAUAUUUUUGUUAAUUUGAAUGGACGGUCCUGGCUUGAAUACGAAAAGGGAAUAUGUAUUAUUGUCGUUUUGUCUUGAAUACGAAAAGGGAAUAUGCAUUAUUAUCGUUU